GCAAUUUAUCUUGUUGGUAGCAGACAAUUAAGACUAGCUAGCUUUCCUAAUAAACCAUCCACAACUGCGUAUAUAUCCAUCCUCAAACUCAAACCUGGCCUAGCUAGCUGCUAUAGAAACUAUAAUAUAUAUAAUCCUCAUAUAUAUAUAUAUAUAUAUGGAUGGCAUGAACAACAACCCAUUUUCUAAUGAUGAGUGGAUACAACAAUAUCCCAACACAUCCGUAAAUGAUCAACACCAUGGUACUACUACUGCUCAUGCUCCAAUAACGAUAUCAUCAUCGGUCUAUGGCCAAGGACCCACAGGCGGCCAGGACGAUGGUCCAAAACCUAUACGUAGACGAUCACGGGCUUCCAGGAGAACACCGACCACUAUCCUGAAUGCUAGCCCAAAUGACUUUAGGGCCUUGGUUCAACGCUUUACCGGCUGCAAUAGCAAAGAUCAUGAUGAUCACUUGACUACUUCGGUUUCUUCUGUUAUGAAUAAUUUACCAAAAGGUCCUGUUAAUAUAGACUUUGCGAGGAAUGAUGUGAAAGAAGCUGCAAGUUCAUCAAGGUAUACGUCAUACGCUAUUAAUAAUAAUAAUAAUAAUAAUGUUAAUCAGGUGAUGAGAUUACCUCUACAUGGUGAUCAGCAACAAAUGCAAUCAGUAGAUGGUCAUCAUAUGCAUGCUGGUAAUUAUGAAAUAAUGGACGAUGCUUCUGUUCUUAAUUACGAAUCUUCAUUACUCGUUAAUGAUACAGAUAGUGGUGGCUUUAAUAUUUGAAGAUAUCGACUGUAAUUCUAAUAUUUUGUUCCUUAAUUGAAAAUAUAUAUAUCUUGCAGUUUUUUUAAUUA